AUGGCCUUACGCCCGGCAGCGCUGGCGCUGAGCGCGACCAGCCCACUCCUCCGGCGGGCGGUGAUGCAGCCCGCGACGAUGCAAUCCGUCUUCCGGCUUGCCUCUGCAUCCGCCUUGUCUGCUCGCCCCGUAGCCGUCCCCUUCGCGAGAGGUCCCGGUCUGGGACUUGCGCUCCUCCAGCAACGUCAACAACGCCUCUUCGGAACGAACCACCCCAUCUCGCGCAACCUCCUCGCCAGCCGUGAAGCAGCCGCGAACAGGAAUCCCGGCAGCGCCACCGCCCAGAACGCCUUCUACCAGCUCCUCCUCAAGGCCAACAUGCCUGCCAUCGUCAUCGAGCGCUACAACUCUGGUCGGUUCGCGAGGAACGAGGCUGUGGAUCAGGCAUACGCCCAGGCACUCGGCAUGCAGAGGACCGCCGCUGUCGGAGGCCUCGGGGGGCACGACCAUCUGCCCUCCGCCUUUGGCAAUGUCGGCGCUGUUCCCGGUCAGGACGCGAGCCAGCAGGCCCCCGGCAACCUGUCUCAGGCGCAGCUGCAGGCUGUCGGCCAGGCGCUCGCCGCGAGAUCGCGCGACUCCAACAUGGCCACCGCCAAGGUGCAGGGCAGCGGUCAAACCGGUCCGCUCCAUGUCAUUGUCGACGAGUCGUUUGGUGGCAUCGUCUUCCGCUGGGUCAAGUUUCUCCUCUGGUUCUGCCUCUUCACCUAUUUUAGCUUGGUUGCCGUCACGAUGCUGGUCGAGGGUCUUAACCUCUUCAAGCGACCCGGCGGCAAGGUCGACAGCGAGGCCAAGGCCGAGAACCAGACCACCCGCUUCGCCGACGUUCACGGCGCCGACGAGGCCAAGGACGAACUCCAGGAGCUGGUCGAUUUCCUGCGCAACCCCGAAAAGUUCUCCACGCUCGGCGGAAAGCUCCCCAAGGGUAUUCUCAUGGUCGGACCCCCCGGUACCGGUAAAACUCUGUUAGCCCGCGCCGUCGCAGGCGAGGCCGGCGUGCCGUUCUUCUACAUGUCCGGCAGCGAGUUCGACGAGGUCUACGUCGGUGUCGGUGCCAAGCGUGUCCGCGAUCUCUUUGCGUCGGCCAAGUCCAAGUCUCCCGCCAUCAUCUUCAUUGAUGAACUCGAUGCCAUUGGCGGACGUCGCAAUACCAGGGAUGCCGCUUACCACAAGCAGACGCUGAACCAGCUGCUGACGGAACUCGACGGUUUCGAGCAGAACAGUGGCGUUGUCAUCAUCGCUGCGACCAACUUUCCCGAACUUCUCGACAAGGCCCUGACCCGACCUGGACGUUUCGACCGCCACGUCACCGUCCCUCUGCCCGACGUCCGCGGCCGCAUCGCAAUCCUCAAGUAUCACGCCAAGAAGAUCAAGGCUGCCCCCGGAAUCAACUUCGAGGCCAUCGCCUCCAGCACCGGCGGCCUUUCCGGUGCCGAGCUCGAGAACAUUGUCAACCAGGCUGCCGUCCGAGCCAGUAGGCUCAAGGCCGCCGCCGUCAGCAUGACGGAUUUCGAGUGGGCCAAGGACAAGGUCAUCAUGGGAGCCGAGCGCAAGAGCAUGGUCAUUGGCGAGAAGGAGAAGGAAAUGACGGCCUACCACGAGGCCGGCCACGCCCUUGUGUCAUUCUACCACGAGAGCGGCCCUAACAAGCUCUACAAGGUCACCAUUCUACCUCGUGGCCAGAGUCUGGGACACACGGCCCAUCUCCCCGAGAUGGAUAAGUAUUCUUACACGACCAGGGAUAUGAAGAGUCUCAUUGAGACUUCUCUUGGUGGGAAGCUUGCUGAGGAGCUGGUUUACGGCACCGACAAGGUGACAACGGGUGUCUCGAGUGACCUCAAAAACGCUACCAACCUGGCCUACCAGAUGGUUGCUCUUUACGGCAUGUCGGCCAGGCUUGGCCCCGUGGAGUAUGGCGAGCGUUACGACCAGCUCAGCGGAGAGACCAAGGCCAUCAUCGAGUCGGAGGUGCAGCGUACUCUGACCGAGUCGUACGAGAAGGUGCGCGUGCUGCUCACGGAGAAGCGCAAGGAGCUUGACCUCCUGGCCAAGGCUCUUGUCGAGUACGAGACCCUAGACAAGAACGAGGUAGAGAAGGUCAUCCGUGGCGAGAAGCUCGUCGGUCGUACACCCAUGCCCAAGGGCCCGAUGAAGGUACCUGCGAGUGCGGCCGCCAAUAUCGGCCAGACGAUACCGCCUCCGUUCCCUUCGCCUCCCGGACCCAACGGAGGCUCUGCGGCGCCGCCGCCUCCUUCGCCGCCACCGCCUGCCUCGACGGAAGGCAUCGCUUCUGGACCAAACCAGAAGUCAUGA